GGAGGCGGGACUGGUAACACUUCCGGAUGCUGCUAGCGGGAGCAAGAAGAAGAAUCUUUUAAAGAAAUUAGCAAAUGCUGGCGUCAAGUGCGUUUAAUUUUAAUGUUGGCUUUAUUUAAAUACGCAACUGUUUAGUCACUUUCAAGCGUUAAGAUGUUUCCAAUUUAAAAAAUGUUUCACGCUUUCCAGUGCACGUUGUUUCAAAGCGGCUUAAUUGUAACCGUAUUAGUUCAAGAAAAGGAUUUGUGUUAAGAUGUAACUUAUAAGCGGUUAUUACAUGUUUCAUUAUAUUAUUUAAAUGGAAUGAUUGCGAAAUGUAUUUAACAACAAGAUAGAACUAUGUAAGGUAAUGGGACAUUGACGUUAUUACAUGGAUGAAAUACAUAUUAUGCUAUAACAAGGCAAUUAUCUCACAUAAAUACGUAUAAAUGAAUUAAACUGUAAAAAAGCUGCAUGUCAGUAUUGACCAGUUAGUGAUUUACUACAGUAUAAUAAACACAGACCAUAUGACACACUGUUAUUCAGUCAGACAAAACACCAUAUGGCCUCAAGGGCAGGGACACACCAGCGUUUAGUCCCUUACACAAGCGGAUUAACCUGUUGAAUAAACCAGUCGUUUUCUUUCUCAGUAACUGUUACUCGUGAUAUUCCCUCUUAUUUUUUCCGCGCAAAAUUAAUUUCUAACACAAAUCAAGCCUUACUAACAUGUGACUGUAUAAUACGACUCUGGUGAAGUUUCGGAUGAAAAUUAGCCAGUACGUGGCCAUAAGCUUGUGUCAUGGCUGAAGGAGCCCAGAAGUGAGGAUGGAUCAAAACCGCAGAGCCAUGGAGGAUGAGGUCCCGUCCAGAUCUCAGUCAACUAACUCCAUAUACUCACACAGGACUGAUGGAGCCUCCGCCUUGGGGAAUCAUGCUGAACAUCACCCCACUGUCAGUGAGACUGUGUUGGUGGUUUGUAAGACCCCAGAAAGCCCCAGCCCGAGCAUGACAGAAGAGGCAAUUUAUGUACCCCGACUGGUGUCCUCAGUAGAUGCUUGUACCAACACUGAGCCUCCUUAUAAAUGCUGCCCUUGGCUGCGGAGAUUGUGCCCCUGUCCACCCAAAGGCAUACUGGCCACCAUAAUCACCAAAGUGAUCAUGGCUGCAGUGCUCUUUGGGGUGGUGUGGUCUAUCACGGAGAAGGAAUGUCUACCGGGUGGGAAUCUCUUCGGCAUUGUAACCUUGUUUAUCUGUUCUGUGGCCGGAGGAAAGCUUAUUGGAUGCAUACGGUUCCCGAAUCUGCCUCCAUUACCUCCUCUCCUUGGCAUGCUGCUGGCUGGAUUUAUCCUCAGAAACAUCCCUGUUGUGACAGAUGCAGUUUACAUUGACGUUAGAUGGUCUGCUUCUCUGAGAAACAUCGCUCUGGCUGUUAUUCUUGUCAAAGCUGGAUUGGAAUUAGAUGGAAAGGCUCUGAGGAAGCUAAAGGCAGUGUGCUUGCGUCUGUCCAUCCUUCCUCUCGCUUUUGAGGCUACAACUAUGGCUGUGGUCUCUCAUUUAUUACUGGGUCUUCCAUGGGUCUGGGGAUUUAUUCUAGGGUUUGUUCUUGGAGCAGUUACUCCUGCAGUAGUGGUUCCAUCCAUGCUGCUUCUGCAGAAGGAAGGUUAUGGAGUAGAGCAGGGUAUCCCUACUCUUCUCAUCGCAGCCUGCAGCUGUGACGAUAUCGUCGCCAUUACCUGCUUCACCACAUGCUUGGGUGUAGCUUUUGCUACAGGCAGCGUGUGGUUAAAUGUGCUGAGAGGACCACUGGAAGUAUUAGGUGGUGCGGUCGCUGGUGUGGCCCUAGGGUUUUUUCUACAUUACUUCCCCAGCAGAAACCAGGGAAAUCUGUUGCUAAAGCGCUCCUUCCUGGUGUUGGGUCUGUCUGUGUUUGCUUUGUUUGGCAGUAAUGUGGCUGGGAUUCCAGGCGCGGGAGGUCUCUGUACGCUCGUGUUAGCGUUUGUGGCAGGAAUAGGCUGGGGAAAAGAUAAGACUCCAGUGGUGGAGGUGGUUGAAAGGUUUUGGCAUGUGUUCCAGCCUCUUCUCUUCGGUCUUAUCGGUGCCGAGAUUGUCAUUAGUGCUUUAGAGAUCACCACUGUGUCCCUAGGUUUUGCAGCUCUGUUCAUUGGUCUCACUGCACGCCUGCUCUUCACUUUUGUUGUGGUUCUUCGUGCCGGCUUCAAUGUAAAAGAGAAAGUCUUUAUCGCUCUAGCCUGGAUGCCUAAAGCCACAGUACAGGCAGCGAUAGGCUCUACAGCUCUGGACAUGGCACGCUCUAAGAAUGACCCGGAGCUGCAGAAGUACGGUAUGGACGUCCUCACUGUUGCUGUGUUGUCCAUUCUCAUCACUGCUCCUAUUGGAGCGCUUGUCAUCGGCCUGCUCGGCCCUCGAAUUCUCCAGAAACCAAAGAACCCAGAGUGGGCGGUUAGUGAAGGUGCUUUAUCGGCAUCAAGGACCCCUGUGACAUAUGAAAGCGCCCUAUGAUACAUUUAGAGGCUUCCAGGUGUUUCUGGAAUGGACUUUCAAGGACCUUUCCAGGAUGUGAACAUCACUGCAUCUAAUAAGUUCUUCUCAGUGCCCUUCCAAAAUGAUGUAAACUGCUGAGGUCAGAAGUGGAAGACAUGUUACUCAGAUGGAGAGUCCCAACUUUUGAUUACGAACUUUCUGAAUGGAAACUGGAUGGAGUAAGUGGUCAUGGUUCAUCUCCGAAACAUGGAGCGAUUUUGUUUUGCAUCAAAAACUACAGGGAUCAUUUUGAUACUAUCAAUGUUUUCAGUAUUAUUUCUAACUAGAUGAUGUUGAUGUGAUGAUAGAUAUGUUUUAUAGAUAGAUGGCUAUUACAGAUGAAUCUGCAUAGGCUGUGUUCAAAUGGUACAAAUGUCACGUUGUGGUCAGUGUUCUUAGCGCUCCAGUAUUCAGUAUACCGUACAGUGAAAUACUGUAGACGUAACAAAAAACAGCAAUCUGAUGGUGGAGCUCAACAAAAUGCAUCUUGUUUACAGUGGAAUUAAAGGUCACGUUCUUUCUGAUCCCAUUUUUAAACCCUGGUUAGUGUGUAAUUUUGCUAUAAUAGCAUAAAUAAUACCUGUAAAAUGAUAAAGUUCACUGCCAGGCGAUAUAUUUUCUUUAACAGAAUUCGCCUUUCAAAGCCUACAGCGAACGGCCGGUUUGGACUACAGCCCUCUACUUCCUACAUUAAUAACGUCACUAGUUUUUUGACUAAACUCCGCCCACAGGAAUACGUCAGUUGCCAACUAAGCUGCUAUCGAAUCACAACACACUAAACAAACUACACAAUCAGAACUCAAUAUGUAUUUCUGAAGGAGGAACUUCAUAGGACAAAGAAGACAUCAGCCCGUUUUUAGGACAGUGAAAACAGCGAUAAACAGAUAAGUAAAUUGUGUAAAAAAAAACGUGAUUUUUUUUACACGUGAAAUAUGAACACAUGUUAUAUUGUGCACUGUAAACACAAUCAAAGCUUCAAAAACACAGAAAGAACGGGACCUUUAAGUUACAUUUAAACAUAUUGAAAUAGAGAAUAUUAAAAUCAUGCACGCCAUUGUUUUGUGCUUUUGAGCACCUAAAGAUAAACAUUUACAAGUUCAUUUUAAGUCUGUUUUUUUCUAACAACAUUGCACAUACAGCCAACUCUAUAUUUUCUCAUUAUUUAAAGAUGUCCAAUAAAACGUUGGUGUCCUGUUUAAUGCAAAUGAGCUGGUUGGAUAGUGCCAAGGGGCCGUGGAAAGGGUGGUGCUAUCCUCUUCUGACAUCACAAGGAGAGCCAGAUUUCAAUGAGCUAUUUUUUUACAUGCUUGCAGAGAAUGGUUUACCAACACUAAGUUACUGGGUUGAUCUUUUUUUUUUUUUUACAUUUUCUAGGUUGAUACAAACACUGGGGACUUAAACGUGGAAAAAGUCAGAUUUUCAAGUUGUGUCCCCUUUAAAAAAAAUCAUCAGAGUCAUAUGAAGGAUUCUGUAGGUUUAUCUAUUUUUUAUUUAUUUAUACUAUUUAGUGAAUUAAGAGUACUGUUUUUAAGAGAAGGUUUUACAUUCUGGAUUUGUCUCAAAUUUGAUGUUAAUGCUGUAUGCAGACAAAACCGGCGAAGUUAUUAAACAACUACUGUUAUAUUA